AUGGAACAAGCUUAUGGAGAAGUGAAUCAGCUGGGCGGUGUGUUUGUUAAUGGAAGACCCCUGCCCAAUGCUAUCAGGUUGAGGAUAGUGGAGCUGGCACAGCUGGGGAUCAGGCCUUGUGAUAUCAGCAGACAGCUACGAGUUUCUCAUGGAUGUGUGAGUAAAAUCCUGGCCAGAUACAACGAAACAGGAUCCAUCCUACCAGGGGCUAUUGGAGGGAGCAAGCCCAGAGUCACCACUCCUAACGUGGUCAAGCACAUCAGGGAGUACAAGCAAGGAGACCCCGGCAUCUUUGCUUGGGAGAUCAGGGACCGACUUCUGGCUGACAACGUCUGCGACAAGUACAACGUGCCUUCUGUCAGUUCCAUUAGUAGGAUUUUAAGGAAUAAAAUUGGAAACUUGUCUCAACCUAGUCAAUAUGAGAGCACAAAGCAGCCGACUUCACAACCGACAUUACAGUACAAUCAUAUCUACCAAUAUCCUUACCCAAACCCAAUAUCUCCCGGCUCUGCUAAGGUCGGCAGCCAUCACCAUGGAGUGCAUAUGCCACCCGGCCAUGUCAGCAUUGCCAGGACCUGGCCUUCAGCUCAUUCUGUCAACAACAUCUUAGGCAUCCGCACCUUCAUGGAACAAACAGGAGCCAUUGCUGGUGCAGAUGGUGCUGUUUAUUCCCCUAAAAUGGAAGAAUGGACAAGUGUUAACAGGACAGGGUUUCCUGCUACUCAGAACAUCAACGGAAUAGAGAAAUCUGCUGUAGACCCUGACAUCAAAUACCAACAGGCUGCCUCCAGUCUCUCCUCUGUGGGUGGCUUCGUUCAAGCCUGCGCCUAUCCUUCUACCAACCAGUAUGGAGUAUAUGGGGGCCCAGGAGCCGGAUAUGUCACCCAGGGGCAUCACUGGCAAACACAGGGAAGCCCCCUUACCCACCAUGGCCCAGGUGUGACUGUACAUGGUGGAGACAUCGCAGCCCCUAUGACCUUCAAGCACCAAGUCAGGGAAGGAGGAUUAGAAAUCUCCAUGGGUGCUGCCGCUGAAGGACGACAAGGAAAUGGUCAUUUCCUGCUUGUGGGGAGGACCCAUGAAGCAGAAACCACGAUGCAUCAGAAUUACUAG